GCGGAGCGUUUUUUUAAAACGGAAAAAAAAAAACAAAAAAGAAAAUAAUUUGUAAAAAUUUUUUUUUAACCCAUUUUUUUUUUUUCGUCUAAUUUUUCGAUAAUUAGAAAAAAAAAAAGUGUUCAAAAAUGAAAAUCGCAUAUAUUUUAAUUUUUUCACUCUUAUUAAUUAAAGUUAAUGCUCAAUUAAUAUGCUAUGAUUGUGAUGAUUGUGAUAGUAUAAAAGACGACACGCGUACUAAGAAUUGUGAAGAAGACGAUAAUUCAUCCACUUCAAGUACAUCAACAACUAGUACAACGAGUACAACCAGUACAACAAGCACAACCAGUACAACAAGCACGGAAUCAUCAACGGAUUCAAGUACCGAUUCAACCACGCAAUCAUCCACAGAAUCAUCAACAGAUUCAAGUACUGAUUCAACCACACAAUCAUCCACGGAAUCAUCAACGGAUUCAAGUACUGAUUCAAGCACACAAUCAUCCACGGAAUCAUCAACGGAUUCAAGUACACAAUCAUCCACGGAAUCAUCAACGGAUUCAAGUACUGAUUCAAGCACACAAUCAUCUACGGAAUCAUCAACAGAUUCAAGUACUGAUUCAACCACACAAUCAUCCACGGAAUCAUCAACAGAUUCAAGUACUGAUUCAACCACACAAUCAUCGACAGAAUCAUCAACAGAAUCAAGUACACAAUCAUCCACGGAAUCAUCAACGGAUUCAAGUACUGAUUCAAGCACACAAUCAUCUACGGAAUCAUCAACGGAUUCAAGUACACAAUCAUCUACGGAAUCAUCAACAGAUUCAAGUACUGAUUCAAGCACACAAUCAUCUACGGAAUCAUCAACAGAUUCAAGUACUGAUUCAACCACACAAUCAUCCACGGAAUCAUCAACAGAUUCAAGUACUGAUUCAACCACACAAUCAUCGACAGAAUCAUCAACGGAUUCAAGUACUGAUUCAAGCACACAAUCAUCCACGGAAUCAUCAACGGAUUCAAGUACACAAUCAUCCACGGAAUCAUCAACGGAUUCAAGUACUGAUUCAACCACACAAUCAUCCACGGAAUCAUCAACAGAUUCAAGUACUGAUUCAACCACACAAUCAUCCACGGAAUCAUCAACAGAUUCAAGUACUGAUUCAACCACACAAUCAUCGACAGAAUCAUCAACGGAUUCAAGUACUGAUUCAAGCACACAAUCAUCUACGGAAUCAUCAACUGAUUCAAGUACACAAUCAUCCACGGAAUCAUCAACUGAUUCGAGUACACAAUUAAACUUACCUGAUGGAAAUGAAAUUGAUGGCUUUCAAAAAUAUGCACGUUUUGGAAAAUUUCCUAAUGUUAUCCAACGAUUCCGUAGAGCUGUUAAUUUAGAUGAAAAGACACACUCGUGUUUUAAAAUUAAAUAUAAAGAUGGCAAUGGUAAUACAAUAACAAAACGAGGAUGCGUUAAGAAUGAAGAAGAUGCUUGUAAAAAACUUGAAUCAAAUCUUCAAGAUGCUAGUGAGUGUAGUGUUUGUAACGAUAAAGAUAAAUGUAACGGAAGCAAAGCACUUAGUAUUUCAUUUGUAAUGGUUUUAGGAAUGUUUUUAAUCGGAAAAUAUUUUCAUUAAAAUUUUGAUAAAUUAAUUUUUGGAAAAAUAAAAAAAUAAUAUUUCAUUUCGUUAUGACAAAAAAUUGCCUUAAAAUCUAUAAUUGCAAAGUUAUAAUUUAUAUAUUUUUUUAUUUAUAUAUUUAUGUAUGUAUAUUCUGUUAUGUAAUAAAAGUUUAAAUUUUUUUUGUUAA